UCUUCUAUUUCAAUAUUUUACCAUCUUAUGGUCUCUGAUUGCGGUAGUUGCCUAUCUAAUUUGAUACUUAUUCCAGAAAAGAAUGAACUAUAAAUUAAUUAUUCCUCUUCUAGUCUCCAAGAUUAGUAAUUUAUUUUAAAAUCCUAGCAGAUUUGUGAGCCUAAUUCUACAAAUCGGCUUUGUUAUCUUUGAAUUCAUUCAUCGAUGGGACUUCAAAGUUUUGGUUAGACCAAAAUCCAAUAUUUUCUUGGUCAGCUGCUUGUUAGAUAGAAUUUGUUUGGUUUGUGCUAAAGAUAUAUGCCAUUUUCCAUGGGGGAAGAAUAGUGUAGUUUUUUGCUAGAUACAUAUGCCAUUCCUUAUCGAGGGUAUAAGGGCAUCCGAAAAGCUUAUAAAAAUUUUAAGCUAGCUCACUUAUUGCCUUUAUUUUUUCGAUUGUAUGCUUGGAUCUUUUCAAUUAGUGUUAGAGCAAGGUCAUAUGUUCAUAUUCCAAUGGAAGCGACAUGGUUGGUGGUGGGAAAGGUGGAGGAUUUUUUUUUUUGAGGAAUCAAAUGUGACGAGUUAGGACCUGCCUCAUGGCAGUAGUAUGCGGUCAAAAUUGACUUGUGAGCUCUUUUAUAUGUGCAUAACGAAUUAAAGUUGCAUCCUUUGGAUCAAUUUAUUGGAAAGUACUUGAUUUUAUCCUAAUGUGAGAAUCAUACCACUUGACCAUAGCAUCCAGUCAACGCAGUUGGAUUUAACACAGUUGAAGGUUUGGAACUUACCAUAGCAUCCAGUAAUUUUCUUUCCUCCAAAGUAAUUGCUGGAGCGCAUGAAAUCUGUUGUUGUUGUCCAUUUUUUGUCACUGCCUUAACUGAUUUUGGCACAGUUUCAACAUGCUGCUGCUGUCCAGGAGGUGAGUAUGUUUCAAAUUGUUGAUCAUCCCCUACCUUAGUACUUGACGUUUGCUUCUGCCCAUGCUGUUUUGUAUCUGGGAAAUUGAUCAAUAGCUCAUGAUUAUCUCCAUGUUCUCCAAAAGAUUCUAAAGAUUGUGAGGGUACUUUAAAAACAGAAGUGUUUAAUGUAAUCAAUGGUUGUUUAGCCAUAUCAGUGUUCAGCAUCAUUUCCUUCUGGGCCUCCUUAAUAAUUUGUUCAAUAUGAGUGUUAGAAAAAUGUAGUGUAGGAGUAGUAGAGUUGUGUGCUUGCUUGCCCCAGUAUUGUUAAAAGAGACCGCUUCCUCGCUUAAAGCGAGAAGCGAUGCGAAGCGAGGCAUCUGGCGCUUCUCUGAUCUGAAGCGUAUCAGGUACACAAAAGCGAUCGCUUUCCCUGAAAAAGCGAGAAGCGAGGAAGCGAACAAAGUGACAGAAGUGAGCGCUUCUCUUUAUAGCUGGGCUGCCAACGUUAAUUAAUUAAAAAAGCUCUCUUUAUUUAACUUCAAGAUCAUCAAGUUUGGUCUCAGGUAUGUGAUUUCUUCCUCCUCCCCCUCCUCCUUUUCUUCUUCUUCUUCUUCUUCUUCUUCUUCUUCUUCUUCUUCUUCUUCUUCUUCUUCUUCUUUUUCUUUCACUGUUUCAGUGUCUAAAUAGCAGAGAAAUGAUAGAAAAAAAAAAAUUUCCCCUUCAGUUCUUCUUUUUCUCAUUCUCCUCUUCUUCUUCUUCAUUUUCUUACACUGUUUUAGUGAUAAAUUGCAGCGAAAUGCUGCCCAUUUUUCAUUUCAGUUAUACUACCAUUUUUUGGCAUACUUACAACCAUUUUUUCAUAUCAUUUAUUGUUAGUUGUCUAUGCAGUAUUUAGUUUAAUUUUUUUUUAAAAAUUCCGCUUCACUUCAAAAAAGUGAGCGCUUCGCUUCUCGCUUUAAGCGAAAAGGGGCUUGUCGCUUUUCCUCGCUUUAUGCUCUUCACAACACUGGCUUGCCCAGAUACUCCUCCAUCAUAUUUUUAUUUGAGGUAAUUGAUUGGAUACCCAAAUCCUUAGCUAAAUUGUCAUUGUCCUGAGCUUCUUUUCUGCUGUUAAGGCAUGGUACUAACUCCUUGGAUAAAUGAGGUGUAGGCGUAGGAACAAUGUCCUUUGAAGUAACUAAACAAAGAUCAGCAGUCUUGGCAAUUUGCUGCUCUUUUACACUGCUCGGAGAUCUGGUUUGUCGAUCUUUUAAACCUAUGUCACCCUACACCAAUUACAAUAUAUUCCUAGAAUCCUUCUCACCUUACUCAUGUACACUAAGCAAAACAUCAAAAGAGUUAGAACACUUGAAGGUUUCUGUUGCCCUUUCCAGAUUUUUAAGAUCUGAAGCCUCCUUCUUGCUAUAAGAAAUUAACAGAAACUCAUGUGUAAUUGAUUAUACAAAGAUAUACUGUGAAGAGUUCAAGGAAGAAAAGUAAGUUGUAAAGUUUGACAGUGAAAUACUUGAAUAUUUUUGUAGCUAUGAUAUCACUAUAAGUUGUAUAUAUUCUUCUAGUAGCUGCUCGCAAUAGGUGCUUUCUUCUUUGACUACAAGUAUAUAUGGCUUCAGGGUACUCAUAAAUUUCAUAUUUUUCUUGUUCUGCACCUUUGCACCAAUCUCAUUUUCUUUUUUGGGUAUGCACAAAUUUCAUAUUUUUCUUGUUUCUUCAUAUAGAAAGGUUAUAAGCAGUUCAUUCUUUUUAGUAGUAUCAUGAAUGAUUUUUCUGAUGUUCCCUCUUUUAGUAAUUAAUGCCCUUUCUGAUCCUUUUCAUGUCAAAUUUUUAAAUGUACAAAUACCCAAUUUGCAAUAGUAAUUCAUGUUGCAAGCUAAGAUCUUGUCUUCUUAGAUUCUUUAGAUGUUCUUCAAUUUAGGUAUGUGUAGAUACCUUUUUUUGUUGCAAAUUGACAUGGUCAACAAUAUAUCUUUUUAUUGCUUUAAUUUCCUUGGAUUUGUGUUUGUGGAUCCUAAUUUUACUUUUUUAUCCAAGAAGAUAAGUCACGCUCGGAAAGAUUUGCAGUGGACUUAAAGUUGUAUUUGGCUUAGCUUAAGUGUCAUGACUAGGUAAGAAAGUCCUAUUAUUUUACAACACAUGAUUUUACAGAUUUAUUCUUGACAUUUAGGAUUUAGUUUUACCAUAUAAUUAAUGCUUAAAUGAUUAUAUAUUUGAAGAUCUAAUAAAUUUUAUUUUUAGGAAUUCAAAUGUUCCAUCCAAGGAAUGGAUGGAUUUACCAAGGUAUAGCAAAGAGUAUAUCGAGGGUGUUCAAUAUUUCUUAGAUUUUGCUUACUCUUAUGGAGAUCAUCAAGGCGAAGAAAUUCAAUGCCCAUGUGCAAAGUAUUGUAAUAUUCAUUGGACUAUAAGGAAUGUAGUGUAUGAACAUCUAAUAUGUUAUGGGUUUGUUAAAGGUUAUACAAGAUGGAUUAAUCAUGGGGAAUGGGAAAUUUCGGUGAAUGUUAAUUGUGAAAUGGAUGAUAAUGUUUACUCUUACGAUGAUAUUGAUGAGUUGUUGAAUGAUCAAUUUAGAAAUAUUGCACAUGCUGGAGGAGUGCAUGAAGGCUCAAAUAAAGAUGCCAAUAAAUUUUAUAACUUAGUUGACGAGGCAAGCCAAGAACUAUAUCCGGAUUGUAAAGGAUUCUCUAGAUUAUCUUUUACAAUCCGUCUAUAUUUGUUGAAGUGUCUACAUGGAUGGAGCAAUGCGUCUUUUACUUCUCUUUUAGAGCUAUUAAAAAGGAGAUGCCUGACUUGAACAUUCCUAUAUCCUACAAUAAAUCCAAAUCUAUGGUAAAGGAUCUCGGUCUUGAUUAUGAAAAAAUUGAUGCAUGUCCCAAUGAUUGCAUGCUAUUUAGGAAUGACCAUAAGGAUGAUGAAUAUUGUCAUGUUUGUGGAUCAUCUCGAUAUAUUAAAUAUACUGAAGUAGAUAGAGAUGAAGUAGAUAGCGAGCUUGAGUCUUCCAAAAAAGGUUAUCGUGUUCCAGCAAACAAUUUGAGUCACUUUUCAUUAAUUCCUAGACUUAAAAGGCUAUUUAUGUGCUCAAAGACAGCAGAUACAUUGAGGUGGCAUGACGAGGAGCGUUCUAAAGAUGGAAAGUUAAGGCAUCCUGCUGAUGGAAAAGCAUGGAAAGACUUUGAUAGCUUGCAUUCAGAAUUUGCAAGGGAUUCUCGCAAUUUGAGACUUGGCUUAGCAAGUGAUGGGUUCAAUCCAUUUCGGACCAUGAGCAUAUCUCAUAGCACAUGGCCAGUUAUUUCAAUGGUGUAUAAUUUGCCUCCUUGGAUGUGCAUGAAGCCAGAGUAUUGUAUGCUUUCUUUGCUUAUACCUGGGUCACGUUCACCUGGAAAUGACAUUGACGUUUAUUUACAACCAUUAAUAGAAGAGUUAAAUGUUUUGUGGGAGUCUGAAGUAGAAACAUAUGAUGCUUCAAGAGAUCAAACCUUCCAAAUGCAAGUAGCUCUUUUAUGGACAAUCAGUGACUUUCCUGCAUAUGCUAUGUUAUCCGGUUGGAGUACAAAGGGAAAGUUGGCUUGCCUAUGUUGUAAUUAUGGCACUAAUUCUCGUUUUCUUAAACAUGGUCGAAAAAUGCAUUAUAUGGAUCAUCGUGUUUUUCUGCCUAUGGAUCAUCCUUGGGGAUCUAAUAAAAGGUAUUUCAAUGGAAAAACAGAAUUUAGGCCUCCUCCGCCUUUGUUAAAGGGAACUGAUGUGCUUAAUAGCUUAUGAAAUUUUAACAAUGUGUUUGGGAAUAAGAGAAAGAGAAUAAAUGAUGGCCCUUGGAAAAAAAGGUCAAUAUUUUUUUGAAUUACCUUAUUGGCAGCACAACUCGUUACGUCAUAACCUUGACGUAAUGCAUAUAGAGAAAAAUAUAGUGGAUAAUGUAAUUGGAACUAUUUUGAACAUUCCUGGCAAGACAAAGGAUCAUGCAAAUGCUCGUUAUGAUCUGAAAAAGAUGGGCAUUAGGAAGAACCUUCAACCAAAGGAAACAAAUGAUGGCAAGAGAACAAAGUUUGCAAAAGCAUGCUUCUCAAUGAUCAAUGGUGAGAAAUCAGUUUUCUGUGAUGUUUUAAAGACAGAAAAGCUACCCGAUGGUAGUGCUUCUAACAUAUCCAGGUGUGUACAGCUAGAUGAAAGAAAAGUAUCCGGUUAUAAAACCCAUGAUGCCCACUUCAUGUUACAUUACUUGUUGCCAAUACCAGUUAAAAGCAUACUUCCUGAUCAUGUUGCUAUCCCUUUGAUUCGUCUAAGUUCUUUCUUUCGUCGUUUAUGUAAAAAAGUUAUCACAAUGGAAAAGCUAUAUUACUUAGAAGUAGAGAUUAGAGAAACAACGAAUCAAUUGGAAAGAAUUUUUCCUCCAACAUUUUUUUUAUAUGCCUAUUCAUUUGGCAAAUGAGGUAAGGUUGGGAGGUCCAGUUCAAAAUCGAUGGAUGUAUCCUCCUGAAAGGUAUAUGUGUACAUUAAAAUCAUAUGUUCGCAACAGAAAUUAUCCAGAAGGAUCUAUUGCUGAGGCAUAUUUGGUUGAAGAGUGUUUGACUUUAUGCUCUAGGUACUUACAUGGAGGUGUAAAAACUCGAUUUAAUCGACGACCCUGAAACAAUGAUGAAUAUGAUUCAAUUAAUGCACAAUCUUCUAGUUUAUUCCCUAAUACAGGUUGUCCUUUAGGAGCUAAAAAGAGUGAUCCAAUUGUUUUAGAUGACAUGUCACUAAAUCAGACACAUAUAUACUUAUUAAACAAUUGUGAUGAAGUUCAAGAAUAUAUAAGAGAAUAUGAGGUUGAGGUUAGUAAUCAGAGACUAGGAUCUAAAUGGAGCAAGGCCAAGAAGUAUAGUCAAAACUUCUCUCAAUGGUUUGAAACUCGUUCUUUGAAAGAGGAUUUGCCCGAUCUUAUAAAGCAAUUAUCCUUCGGACCAAAUUUAAUUGCUAAAAGAUAUUCUGGGUAUCUCAUUAAUGGAUAUAAAUUUCAUACGAGGCAGCGUGAUGCAAGACGUAAAACACAAAAUAGUGGUGUUACAUUAGUCGCCCAAACUACAAGUUUUGCAAGCUCAAAAGAUAAAAAUCCAGUUGAAGCAAAUUUGACUUAUUACGGUAGAAUAGUUGAUAUAGUUGAGUUAGACUAUUAUGGCCAUUUAGGGUUGUCUUAUUUAAGUGCGACUGGUAUGAGGUUGAAGAAGAUAUUUAUGGCCUUACUUAUGUCUACUUCAACAAGAAAUGUUAUCAGAACGAGCCUUUUGUCCCAGCAUCUCAAGUACACCAAUGCUUCUAUAUGCAAGAUCCAUAUGAUCAAGAUAGAUAUUAUGUUAUGAAGACUAUCCCGAGAGACUUGUUUAGCCUAAGUGAUGAACUUGCAUCUAAUGCCCCACAGUGCUAUGAAAAUGAGCCAUCUGAAUAUUUGGCUGGCCCAUCUAUACCGGUGGAUAAUGGUGAAGUUGCCUUAGUAAGGAGUGAUGUUCCAACAACCAUUCUUGAUGUACCUCCAGAAGGAUUUCUAGCACAACAACUUGAAGUUGAAUCGGAUGAAGAGUUUGAUUUUGAAGACACAUCAUCAGUUUUUUUUCUAAUUCAAGUAGAAAAUAGCUUUGCUAUUUUUUUAUUAAUAGCUAGAAAUACAUUAAAGACUGUUGCUUUAGUUUUAAAUUGAUGUUGUCUAUUUCGUCAAGUUCAAUAUUGAAUAUUUUCUUGCUUAUCAAUUUCUUUUAUGUGCACAUAUAUUUUAUUGCUCGUGUAUUUUUAAUGUGUCCCUUUUGGUAUCACUAGAAAUUACUUGAUUGGUUAUUCAAUGUGUCCCUUCUAAAGAACCAUAUUAUAUUAUAUGUGGAUCGAGAAUUUGUCCUCUAGUUUUGAAUAGAAAAGUGAACGUGAGUAAGUAGAAAUUAUGCUUCGGAAUUUGUAUUGUACUAUUAACUGGAGUAUUAGAGCAAGUUUUAAAGU